AUGAGUCCCACCCACAAGUAUUUCGCCAGAAUCCGACAUGAAAUUAAUGAGUAUAUCCAACCGGUUCCCGUUGUACAGAAAGACGAGUUGGAUGAUACAGGUGUUACAAGUGAUGCAGAUGAUACGGGUGGAAGAAAUGAUACAGUUCAACUUUUUUCGAGCGGUGUUUUGCUGCAAAGGAUUCGACUCGACGCGAUUACGAAGAACUACAUCGCGAUGACGAACGGCUGUAGACUAUCGACUCGGAUCAAACCGGCUCUGAAGAAGACGAAGGAUUCGAAACGUUAG